AUGGCUUCCAAGCUCUUCAUCCAUGGCCUUUCUUGGCACACUGACGAUGAAACUCUUCGCCAGGGCUUUGCCCACUACGGUCAGAUUCACGAAGCUGUUGUGGUCAAAGACCGCGCCACCAUGCGGAGCCGAGGCUUUGGUUUCGUUCGCUUCGAGACCGAGCAGGAGGCGCAGGCGGCCAUCGACGCUAUGAACGGCAACGAGUUCGAUGGCCGCGUGAUCCGCGUCGAGAAGGCCAUGAACCGUCCUCAACGCCCCGAUGGUGGCUUUCAGGGCCGCGGUGGUUACAAUACCCAGCCCUCCGGCUAUCAGGGUGGUUUCGGUGGCUCCGCUCAAUUCGCCGGCCAGGGCGGUGCUCAAGGCUCUCCUCAAGGGUACAACCGCGGUGGGUAUGGCUACAACACCUACCAGGGCUACGCCGGCAACCAAGGCUACAGCCAGAGCCAGGGCUACCCCUCUUACGGUGGGCCUUCUCACGCCAAUCCCAACGCCAACGCCGGAUACGGUACCGGCAACUGGCGAGGCCCCGAAUCGCAGCCCGGUCCUGAGGGCAACUAG